CUAACAAGCACUUAAGAACAACACGUUACCAGUGUAACUCAAGCCCAGGAAUACCCCCAAACCAUUUACAGAUCGAACGUUGAAAAUUGCCAUUAAUGGACCUCGAAAAAUCUCCUGUGAGACCGUAGUUUUCCUCAACCCUACUUUCACAAACUUAAAUCUUCAAAUUCAGAGCAUAGGAAGCAAAAAUGCAGAAGGCUGGGAAGCUCAUUAUCUCUGAGAGAUAUUCCAGACUGCUUGUUCAAAAAUAUCAGAAGUUAUCGUCCCAUUUUCAGGUCAGUGAUAUAAAGCCAGAGAAACCUGGUUAUUUGUUUGGUUCAUUGGUUCAUGAUGCCCAUAAGAAUAGUUUUUUUUCUGCAUUUUAUUCAAAUGCGAGAAAUCUAAGACAUGGGUUUUCAUCACAAGCAGUUUUAGCUUCUGUUGAUCCACCUCAAACCAGAGAUCAAGACGUUCUGAAUACCCAGUUGACUGAAAUUGUAUUGAGGAGCAAAUGGUCUAAGGAGACUGAAACUGAAUUGAAAACGUUGAAUUUCUCACUAAAUGAAGGCCAUGUAAUGCAUGUGUUGAAAAAUCUUAAGGGGAAUCCUCGUUCUGCAAUUGAGUUUUUCAAUUGGGCUUUAGAGGCUAUGGAUGGUAAGCUUAGUUCUGAAACAUAUAAUUCAAUUAUUGUUAUUCUGGGUAAGAAGGGUUAUACAACUGAGUUUUGGGGUUUGAUCAAAACUAUGAGAAAAGAAGGACAGAACAUUCAAGAGGAAGCCUACAAAGUCAUUUUGAAAAAUUUUGAUGAGGCAAAAUUGGUGAAAGAUGCUGAAAAAUUGAAGAAAUUGUUUCUUUCGGAACCUGAGUCCAGUUCAUGUGAUGCGAAAAUAUGCACUCAAAUACUUAGGAUUGUCAAUGAAUGUGAUUGGAGUGAAGAAGCAAGUAAAAAAUUGGGUUCAUUGGACAUUUCUUUAUCUGAUGAAAUGGUAGUACGUAUUUUGGAACGGCUUAGUGCUUCUCCCAUAAAGGCUUUGAAUUUCUUUCGUUGGGUUUCCCAAGAACUAUCUUUUAAGCACGGUGAAAACACUUAUAAUGCAGUGAUUGUUCUUUUGGGGCGAGAGGAUUACAUUAAUAAGUUUUGGGAUUUGGUCAAGGAAAUGAAGCAGGAAGGCUAUGGAAUUCAAAUGGGUACUUAUGCCAAGCUUUCGAGGCGGUUUUCAAAGAGAAAAAUGAUUAAUGAGGCAGUGGAUUUAUAUGUUUACACGAUGAAGAGUCCAAACAAGCCUUCAGACCAUGAUUUUUCCAUGCUUUUAAGGACACUAGCAUUGAAUAUUGAACAGGGUUUGAAUUUGUUUCCUAGAGCUAUUAAGGCCUUUGAGGAUUCAGGCCAUUCUGUCUCUAAAUCUUCUGUUGAUGGUGUUCUUAAAGCAUUAGCUAGUAUUGGUAAAUUAAGUGAGGCUGAUAAAAUAUUGAAGGCCAUAAGUGCAAGUGGAUUGCAAGCACAUGUUAAUUUUCAAAACCUGGUUAUUUCGGUGCUUUGUAGAGCUGGUGAUUUAGAAAAGGCAUCCAAGAUUUUCCUUUGGGUGGCAGAGAAACAAGGUAAGGCAGAUGCUGCCACACUUGAAUUGCUGGUGAAUAAAUAUUGCGACUUGAAAAGGGCAGGUGAUGCUUUCACUUUCAUUAAGAAGGUGGUUGAAAAUACGGGGAUCAAGCCUUGGCAUACCACAUACAAAACCUUAGUUGAAAAGCUCAUAGGCCAAAAUAGGAUUGGUGAUGCAUUGAAGCUCUUGGGUUUGAUGAAGUGUCACGGAUUUCCACCUUUUACUGAUCCAUUUUUUGAAUAUAUUCCUAAAUCUGGGACUGUAGAUGAUGCUGUGGGGCUAUUUGCGGCCAUAACAGUGAAGAACCUACCUUCUACUUCAGUGAUAAUUCGCAUGUUUGAAGCGUUUUUGAAGGCAGGCAGGUUUAAUGUGGCCCAUGAUUUACUUUCCAGGUCUCCAGGUCACAUUCGUAACCAUGCCGAUAUAUUGAAUCUCUUUUGUGCCAUGAAGCCUCAGGGAGCUGCUGCGUAGACCAUGUGAUACGAUGGGUUUUUAUCGAUUUUGUUAUUGUCUUUGCUGGACUCACAUGGUAAUUGAGCUAAUCUUUUCUUUUAAUUGUUUAUUUCUUGUCCUUGUUUUGGGUGGUCAAGAUGAGGUAGGCACUGUGCAGGACACUCACAGAGGCAUAAACUUGUCCAGAAAGGCUCAUGGCAACUCUGUCCUUAACAGAGCUACAGUUGGAAAUAAUCUUUGAGGAUUGUGCCUCAUCGCAAGGCUGCUCAUGUUCAGUGUAGCUUGCUCAGAAAAUACUUGACGGCAUGAAAGGAAGUUUCAAAUAUGUUCCUUGGCGUGUAUAAUGUGUAGACUUUUGAUUUGUCAUCAAAUCAUCACAAAGGAAAUGCUAGUCAUUUAAAGUUUAUUAUGCUAGGUCUUCUUAUUUGGUUUCUUCUUUCUGGUUUGGUUUUGAGGCAACUGGAAGAACUAGUAGUUUUUUGUUUCAGUGGGAUAUUUAAGAUCCUAUCUUCCAUUUCUAGAGUAGAAUUUUUCAUAUCUGUUAAAUCUAAUUUUGUGUGGACAAAUGUGAUGCAGCCUAGUUACUAGUUGUAUGCCAUGGUAUAUUCGCAAUCAUCAUCCUAUGAAUUUUGUGAAAUGUUUUAUAGCUUUCCAAAGUUUUACUUUGAUAUGAUGUGUUUUUCACUUGGCUUUGACUCACUUGCCCUGAAGUAUAGUAUUCUGCCUGUUGGUUCCUUUUACACUUUGUUGUAUUAGAAAUUGAUUAUGUUUUCAUCUCACGUUUACAAGGCUGCUUGUCAUGAAUGGUCUAAAGUACUGUUUACUCUAUAUACAAUGGAAAAAUCGUACUCCAUUGUGUCAACAUCAUCCAUUGAGAUGAUGGAUGGUAGUAGAGAUAGUGUGUGAGCCACCAGAGGUUGACCUCAAUGGUAGGUCCGAUUUUCUCUAUCUUCAUCGCUGUCCAUUUCUAUAUACGAUGGUGAUGCUAUGGAUGGUGAUGACUAUGUAAAAAAGAAGAAAAGAGGAUAGUGAUGAUCUGAUGGACAUAAAGAGAUAUGCUACAUGAAAGAACAUCACAUUAAAAGGAAUGGGGAUGCCUCCAUUUAUAUUGAGGUUUCUUCUGAUAUAAUGUAAUGCUGAUGGACAUAAAGGGAUAUUCUACAUGAAAGAACAUCACAUUAAAAGGAAUGGGGAUGCCUCCAUUUGUAUUGAGGUUUCUUCUGAUAUAAUGUUAAUGCAACUGGGAUGAUGUUACCUUGGAAAAAUAACUCCAUCUGAAUCUCAUGGAGACUGCAAGUUUCAGACUCUUUGCUUGGCAUUUAGGGCAUUAAGAGCUGCUACGUAAUGCGCAAGCUUUGAACUCAUCUAACCUAGCACGCCACACGCCAUAAUUAUUGAUAGCACAGGAUGUAAACGUGCUUGUGCAUUGUAACUGACGAGAAAAUUUACUUAUGGAAGGAAAUUGAUCCACUUGACCAUUGCAUGUUCCCGGCAAACUUGUGUAGAAGCAAUGGUGCACCAUGGACAACAUUGAAAUAUAUGUAAAGAUUUCUUAGAUGGUCUAUUGUCAGAGAGAAAUAUUUGUAGGAGUAUAAACAUUUGACUCAAAAUUCUUCACUGUGAUCCUCUUCCACUGUCUUCAUCAUUGCUAGUGAACCCCUCCUAUAUGUCUUGUGUAUGGUGUGUAUGGUAGACAACAUCAAGAAGAGCUCAUGCUGGGCUAAUUUUAUGAAUCAAUGUACAGGGCAAAGGAGGCAACAGAAAUUUUGUUUAGGAGCCAGUUGCCCUAUGGCUCCUGGCCCAAACGUCAUAAUGGACAUUUGGACUACCACGUUCAACAAUCUCUUUAUGCAUCAGGUUAUUAACUGUGGCCCUAAUCUUUUUACGACACUGAUUUCUCCUCUAACUACCUUUAGAUCUUCUGUGGUGUUUUGGAUUGCAAACGUACUGCAUUACGGUGAUGAUACCACACAAUUGAAGAUAAAGAGAGACUUAUACAUGCGAUGGCAAUAAAAAGUUUAUCACUUGAAGAUAUUGAAGUCCCAAGAGCUGUUUAGAAGGGUGUGUACUGGAGAGCAGAAGUCCUUUACUUGUAGGAGUGGAAGCAAUAAAGGAUUGAAUGAUAUGAACCAGCUGCUGAAGACUACAGGAGAUGAGGAGGAUUGAUAUGUGUAUUUGUCUAAAAAUUUGAAGGAGGUGAGGUAAUAUAUACAGCGACUCCAUUAUGGCAAAUAGAAGAAGAUAAUUUUAAAAUAUUAUUUUAGGUUACAUGGUGGAGCAACAUGGAAAAACAAUGAUGAUGAUGAUGAGGAACACUAAGUAGGAUAAUAUUUUUUACAUUAUGGACAUGUUUCUUGUAAUUUAAUUUGAAUUUGGCUACAUUAUGGACCUGUGGCCCUGUGAAGGGAUGGAACACUGGUUGUACUUGUGAUUUUCUAUCGACCUUGCUAGCUGUGCUCGGUCUAGUCAUAGAUGGUUGUGAGUUUAUGAAUUGUUUUUUUCCCUUCA